GGCGGCCGCGGCGGGGAGACGGGCGCGGGCGGAGGACACGGGCUGAACGGGCGCGCACCGACCAUGGCCUCCAAGUGUCCCAAGUGCGACAAGACCGUGUACUUCGCUGAGAAGGUGAGCUCCCUGGGCAAAGACUGGCACAGAUUCUGCCUCAGGUGCGAGCACUGCAGCAAGACGCUGACGCCAGGGGGCCACGCCGAGCAUGACGGGAAGCCCUUCUGCCACAAGCCCUGCUAUGCCACGCUGUUCGGACCCAAAGGGGUGAACAUCGGAGGUGCCGGCUCCUACAUCUACGAGAAGCCCUCUGCCGAGAAACCUCAGGUCACUGGCCCCAUCGAGGUCCCCGUGGCCCGAGCUGAGGAGCGGAAGGCCAGUGGCCCCCCGAAGGGGCCCAGCAAAGCCUCCAGCGUCACCACGUUCACCGGGGAACCCAACAUGUGUCCUCGCUGCAACAAGAGGGUCUACUUCGCCGAGAAGGUGACGUCUCUGGGCAAGGACUGGCACCGGCCGUGCCUGCGCUGCGAACGCUGCGGGAAGACACUGACCCCAGGCGGGCACGCGGAGCACGACGGCCAGCCCUACUGCCACAAGCCCUGCUACGGAAUACUUUUCGGACCCAAGGGGGUGAACACCGGAGCUGUUGGCAGCUACAUCUAUGACAAGGACCCGGAGGGCAAAGUUCAGCCCUAGUCCCCCAGGCCCUUCUGCGGGGCACGGGCCCGCCUGCGCAGGCCCCUGGCCAGGGGCCCGCUGCUUGGCUGCGAGGGGAGAGUGACCGCUGCCCAGUCCCACCUCAGCACCUGCGAGUCCAGGGCCUGCGUGUUGGGGAGGAAGCCCGAGCUGACUCCAGAGCCCUGCCCACCAACCCUGUCUCUCUGGGUGUGUCUGCCUUUGUGUCCCCAGCCACCCGUCACCCCCUUUGCGUCCUCCUGGCCCCCCGUGUCCCCAUGUCUGUGUCUCGUGGCCCACACGUCCCUGAGUGUCCCUGGGGCCUGGGUGGGUCGUUCUGAGGUGGCCGCCCCACGCCCCCCCUCCUGCCGCCCCAGUCCUGCCCACAGUGUUAUUUAUGUCCCCUGCCCAUGACAGCCACAGCCACGCCCCUCACAGUGUCCCAAGGGUGGAGGGACAUCCCUGCCAGGAGCCCUCUGCCUGCCUCCCACCCUGCCUCGCAAGUGCCCGCCCACCCCCCUCACGUGGCUCACAUUCGACUGCCGGGGGUUUCGCUGUCAAUGAAAGGCUUGAGGAUCGCA